AUGAGUUUUAAGGGGUUCUCCAAAAGCAUCGCCCGUGCGCCACAGCAGUUCAAGCUCAAAUUCAAUAUUGGUGAACACACCAAAGAUGCUGUGUAUACCGACUCCGAGCGUCGGUUCCAGGAGCUUGAGAAGGAGACAAAGAAACUCCAUGAUGAGUCUAAGAAAUACUUUGAAGCCAUUAAUGGCAUGCUAAGUCACCAGAUCGAAUUCUCCAAAGGAAUCGCCGAAGUCUACAAACCCAUCUCUGGCCGUGCCUCCGAUCCUAACUCAUUUGAGGACGAGGGCAAUACUGCAGGUAUCCAAGCAUGUGAGGAGUACGAGGCGAUCGUGCGGGAUCUGCAGGAAGCCCUCGUGCCCGAGUUGGAGAUGAUCGAGAGCCGAGUCAUCAGCCCUGCCGACCAGCUGCUGGAGGUCAUCAAGGUCAUCCGCAAGGUCGCUGUCAAGCGUGAUCAUAAGAAGCUGGAUUACGAUCGCCACCGCGCAACGCUCAAGAAGCUGGAGGAUAAAAAGGACAAAUCCCUCAAGGAUGAGAAGGCCCUAUACAAGGCGGAAAACGAUGUUGAGCAGGCGACGCUGGACUACAAUCAUUACAACGACCUGCUGAAGGAUGAAUUACCGAAGCUUUUCCAACUCGAGGCAGAAUUUAUUCGCCCGCUGUUUCAAUCCUUCUACUACAUGCAGCUGAAUGUCUUCUACACCCUCCACGACAAGAUGCAGGGCAUGCAUAUCAGCUACUUCAACCUCGACAUGGAUGUGGAGGAGGCUUUUGAACAAAAGCGUGGCGAUGUGCAAGAACGGGCCGAAGCUCUUACGAUCGUGCAUUAUAAGACCCAGGGUGCCCGCCGCUCUAACUCCACCCGACUAAACCCCAAGCUGGCUGAAACCAAGGGAUCUAUCAACCGUGGGCGAUCCUCCUCCAACGUCGACGAACACCCUCCACCACCAUACUCAGCUGGUGCCACUCCUAGUCCUACAGGCAGCUUCUCCUCAGCUGCUAAGAGCAAGCCCGCUCCACCACCCCCGAGGGCAAAGCCUUCUCACCUUAGCAAGCAGGUGGAAACCGUCACCGCCUUGUAUGAUUACGAAGCCCAGGCUCAUGGAGACCUCGGAUUCUCAGCCGGUGAUGUGAUUGAAAUUACCCACCGAACUGAUAACACCAAUGAAUGGUGGACUGGCAAGACCGGUGGCCGGGAGGGCCAAUUUCCUGCCAACUAUGUGCAACUGAAUUAG